AUGUCGGUGGCGGAUUUGGCUGAACAGCUGACAAGUACUGAACAGCUGGUAACACAACUAAAGGAGCUUGUCAGAGAGAAGGAUGCUGAGCUUCGAAAUAAAGAUCUUCAGUUAAAGGAGGAGAAGGAAUCUGCUGAUGCCAAACUUUCCAAGUUGAAGCUGCAAAACAAAGCCAAGGUUGCGUCAUUAACCUCGCAGCUGGAAGAACUUAAGAAACAGUUAUCAGUAUCAGGAGGCUUAGAGGCAAAAGCAGAACAAAAAAAGGCAUCAAAAGAUGGCGACCAGGAAAAUGCUGCGGCAAAUCGUGGGAAAAUAUUAGUACUGAGAAGGAGAAUUGAAGAACUAGAAUCCCAGAUCACACAAAAAAAUGAAGAGUUACAAAACAAGAGUGUUGAACUGGAGGCCCAGCGCUGUCGUGGGGAUGAAAUGGAUGCCAUGCUGGCAGAGAAAGAAAAGAAGUUAGCUGAAAGAGAUGCUUAUAUCAUCGAUUUACAGAUAGCAUGUGGAUCAAGUGGUGUUGCCAAUGAAACACUCUUGCCCAAUGAAGAACUGAAGAAUCAGCUGGCUGUUAAAGAGUCAUCACUACAAAGCAUGCAGAUUCUAGUUCAGAACCUUACCAAGAAGGUUGGAGACAGUGAAGAAAAAUGUAGCUUGCUCCAGGAACAGAUUGAGAGUCUUAAAAAUAUUCAGAACAAAGAAAGAGAGCGUUUCCAAGGAAAAGAAGCUACCUAUAUGGAAAAUGUACGUGUGUUUCAAAAUAUUAUCCAGGAAAAGGAAAAGGAACUGGAAGCACAGAGAGAAAAGCAUGAGCAGGAGCUCUUUAAAUUAGCUGCUAAAGCUGAUGCCAGUGCUGACCUAGAACAGCUACUAAAGGCCUUGAAACAGAAGCUCCAUGAAAAGGAAGAAGUCAUGCUGGGAAGGACACAGGUGAUAGAUGUUUUGCAAAAAGAACUGGAUGCCAAAGACCAGCAAUUGAAAGAGAUUAAUGAAAACGUGAAACGUCUUCAGUCUGAAAAAGAAAACCUCCAGUCUAAACUGGAUGCUGAGAAACAUGUAAUGAGAGCCCAGUUAAGAGACAUGAUGGAGAAACAUGAGCUUGAAAUGACAAAAGUUAAGGAGAAAUAUAAUGCUGAACUGCAUGAAAUUCAAGAGAAACAUGAAACUGAGCUGCAAGAGAAAGAUCAAGCCCUGUUUCAGCUCAAGAAACAAGUGGCAGAAUUAAGUGGCAGCGGACAGACUAACUCAAAAGAAGUUAGAGAUCUGGAGUCUAUAACCAAAGAGAAGAUGGAAGAUUUAGAAGUACAAGUGAAAUUGAAAAUGGAAGAGUUUUCAUCAAAGAAUAAUGAUGUAUCUGCCUUAAACAAUCGUGUCUCAGAAUUAGAAAUUGAAAAUGAAGAACUACAGUCAAAACUGCAAUCGUUAUAUGAAAUCAGAACUCAAAAUGAAGAAUUGCUGACUAAACUGGAAGUCUAUGAAGAGCAGCAAAGGAAAUUGCAAGCUGAUCUUGACCAAGUUACAAAAAGGGCAGCUUCACAGGCCAGUGAAUCAGGUAGUGUGGAUGAAUUGCAGAGUCAGCUCUUGGAAUGGCAAGAAAAUGUACCGGAGUCAGAGGAGUCCCAUGAUCAAGUCAGAGAAGAGAAAUCUGCUAUGGCCUUGAGAAUGGCUCAGAUUGAGGAGGAGAGAGAAGCCAUGGUCUCAGGGCAACAGGAGCUGGAGGAGGAACUGACCACAGUUCAAGGAAUGGGCAGGCUGCAGCAGGCAAGAAGAAAAAGCAAUCAGACCAGCAGGAAGCUUCAGGAAGAAUACAACUUUGAUAGAAAACAAUGCUUUCAGGAAUUGAACGUCACCUUGGAUAGCACUGAUUCAGCUGAAGGAGAAAAUAUGGGAGGUUUACGGAGUGUGGUUGAAGAGUUGGAAUUGGAAAGAAAUCAACUGCAGGAACAAAUUCUCUUUCUAGAAGAGCGUUGUCAGGAUCUGGAAGAUAGAUUGCAGCUUCAAGGUAGAAUGGAGGCUCUUCAGAAUGAAAAUGAACGUUUGCAAACUCAACUCACCCAAUUACGCAACCAACAAAUGCGAGAUGGGGAAAAACAUCAAAUUCUGAUCUCUGGCUUGAAUGAGCAGCUUAAAGGAUUAAGUGACAGAAAUAGCUUCCUUGAAACUUCGCUUGGAGAAAAAGAACAAAAACUGUUGAGCACGACAGAAAAACUAGAACAACUUGAAACUUUGAGGAAACUGCUUCAAGAAAAAGAUCUUCUGAACAGAGAGCUUGGUGAAAAGUUUGUGCAUACUGAGCAAAAACUGAAUGAAGCCUUAAAGAAAUGCAGUGUUUAUGAAGUGGAGAACACUGAGCAGAAAACAGUCAUCGGUGAUCUAACAGAAAAAGUUGCUACACUGAAGGAAAAGACUUUGAAACAAGAUGGCGUGGUAGAAUCGAUGCGGCUGGAUCUGGACCAGACAAAUGAAGAGCUUGACAAAUUGAAUACGAGCCAUUUAGAGGAAAGAUCUCAACUUAUUCAAGAUCUCCAGAAACGUGAAAGAGAAAUUGAUAAUCUUAAAGAAGCACUGGCAGAAAAAGACAGGGAGAUGUCUGUCCUGUCUUUGAAUAUGACAGAAUAUUCUGAACAGGUUAUCAUCCUGAAGCACCAAGUGCAAUGCAAAGAGGAAGAAAUACGAGGGAUGGAAGAGGCUUUAUCAAAGGCUGAAAGGGAAACUCAUUUACUGAAAGAAGUACAAACAGCUGAUGUAAGAGAUGCAAGCGUGAAGAUAUCUGUCCUUUCUGAGCAAAGUAAUACAAUGAGACUAGAGCUAGAAAGAGUUAGAGUUGAGAAUGAAGCUAAAACCAAAGAAAAUGAGGAGUUAAUAAGACAAAGCAGUGAGAACAGCAUUACAAUUAAGGAUCUCCGUUCUGAAAUCAAAGCCAACAAUGUCGCGUACCAUAACAAACUCGCGGAGUGUGAGUCACAAAUUACUUUGCUGAAAGAACAAAUUAGUAAAUCAUCUGAAAAGCUACAAGAAACUGAGGAUAAGCAAAGAAAAGAAACUGAGUAUUUGAAAUCUCAGCUUGAGGAAAACAAUACUCUGAAGGAAAAAUGGAACAAUUUGCUUAAAGAGAAAGAGAGUAAAGCACAGACACUUGAAAAUGAGUUAAAAUCAAUUAAAGAUUCAUAUAACAAACUGGUUUUGGAAAAUGCUAAAAAAGAUGAAGAGUUGGCUGAGUUAUCUAGGCAGCUCAUGGAACGUACUGAACAUCAGGAAACAAUUAAAAAAGAAUUACAAGAGAAACAAGAGUUCAUUACUUCAUUAGAGCAGAAGCUUGGGGUUUUGGAGCAGCAAAAUGAAGAGACUAAACUUAAAUUAACUGGAGAUCUGAAAGCCAAAGAGACAUGUUGCAAAGAACUGAAUAACCAAUUAAAUGAAAUACAUAAACAAAUUAACAAGAUGGAAAUAGAGACACGGGAGAAAGCUUCAGCUAAUAAGCAAUUGCAGGCAGAUCUUGAAGGGAAGGAAGAAAAACUGCUUAGAAAUGUGACAGAAAAAUCAUCCCAGUUGAAUGAUUCAAUUAUACAGAAGGAUGAAUCUUUAAAACAGAAGUUAGAUGAAUACAUCAGUUUAAAAGCACAGCUUUCUGAGGUGCAGGAAUCUUCUGUUUUGCAGCAGAAACAGUUGGAGCUUUUAGUCUCCGAAGCAGAACAAUUAAAAGUACUUGUUUCAGAAAAAGAAUUGACCAUCAACAAUAUUUCAUUAUCUAGUGAGAAUUUAAAGACACAACUUCAAGAGAAAGAGAAUGAAUGUGAGGUCUUAAAGAAACAGGUGGUAGAGCUGGAGGAAGCAAAGGUGAAUUUACAAAAAGAAAUACAACAUCAGAAGAAUGUAAUAAUUGAGAUGGACCAGUCCUUAUCAGAAAAGGAGUCAUCUCUUACGGAGAAUAAAAGUCUCCUUGAAACUCUGAAGGAGAAAGCAAGGAAAGAUGAAGAGAAGACAAAUUUAAUUUCUCAGCUCAAAAGUCAGGUAGAUGAACUAACACAAGAACUACAGAAAUCUAAAGAACUAGUCCACGAGAGAGAAGAUGCCUUUUUGUCUCUUCAGGAGAAAAUUGAAGCACAGUAUGAACUAAGAACUGAGUUGAAUGCAGCUCUUGAGAAAAAAGAAGUUGUUAUUGCUGGACUGCUUAAUUCUUUAAAGGAGAAAGAUACCAGUAUGCAGUUGGCAGAUAGCAACGUUAAUGUUCUUUCUAGUGAGAUUGAGGUUCUCAGAGAAAAAUUAGAGAAAAGUGGUACAGCCAUGAAAAACCUUACUGAGGAAUUUCAGGAAAAGAAUGAGAAGCUUGAUAUUAAUCAGAAGAAGAUUGAUUCUUUGACAAUUGAACUUGACUCUCUUAAAAAUGAACACCAAAAAGCACUAGACCAAAUAAGUACAUGGGAAGAACAACUACAGCAAAAAGAAUUGGCUGUUGAGUCUCUGCGUGUGAAGUGCACUGAACAGGCAGAUAACAUAGCGUGUUUGAAGUUAGAGUUGAACAAUGUAAAUUCCAAAUCAUCUCAAGACUGCCGUGACAAUGCGCUUUUAAUAGCUAGUCUGCAGUGCCAGGUAGAGUCUUUAGAGAAACAGAAAAAUCAGUUGCAAGAAGAUGCUGAUAAACUGAUGGCUGAAAACGCGCAACUUACUACAUCUCAAAAUCAUUUGCAAAAGGAAUUGGAAGAGCUCCGAGAAAUCAAUGAAAAACUAGAAACCAGUGAGAAUUAUUCAAGAAUGCAGAUAGAUGCCGUCAAACUGCAGAUGAAGAGUGAAAAAGAGAAAUUACAGAUGCAGGUUAGUGUGAAGGGUGAAGAACUCUCUAAAUUAGAACUUAAACUUGAAACUCUAGAACAAAGUCUACUUGAGUCAGAAAACAAAUGGGUGACAGAACUUGAUAGGGCAACUUUGCAAAAUAAUCAUCUUACUGAGCAAUUGAGCAGUUUAGAAAGUGAAAUGAAAUCAAAGGAUAGCAAAAUCCAGUCUUUGCAGCAAGAGCUGGAUCUUAUGAAAGAGGAGUUAACUCAAAGUUUAUCUCCAUUACUUAGUAGUAGGCUUUUAUGUAAAGAAAAGGCGGCACAGAGUUCAGAUUCUGAACUGCAGCUGACUGAUAGCAAAAUUCAGUUGGAAAAAUUCUCCACUCUGAUAACUGCUAUUUUGAGCAAAGAAACAGAAGGAGAACAAUUGCAACUGGUGCUUUUAGAAAAACAGAAAGAAAUAGACACCAUGAAAGAUGAAUUAAAAAGUAUGCAGUCGCUUGAGAAGCAGAAGGAGUUGCUGCAGAACGAUAUUGAAAAGAUGAAGGGCAAAUACGAAUCUGAAAUUGAAUGUCUGUCAGAAGAAAUGGUCACAAUCAAGGAAACAUUAUGUAAACAACAGUCUCUCUUGCAAGAAAGGGAAGAGUCUUUUGCAGAAAUAAAUAAGCAGGUUGACUUUCUUCAAGACAAGAUAAAUAAAUUGGAAGAAAUAGUAAGAACCAGUCAAGAAAAACUGCAUGUCAAAGGUAAAAAAGUAGCAAGUCUCCUUGAAGAAAUGGGAAAAAAAGAUCAACUCAUUGAAAACUUAACUUCCCAGGUAAAUCAGCAGAAGGAUUUAAUUUCUGGUCUAAGCCAGCAACUGAAGGAAAAGGACUGUUCUGUUACCCAGAUCAUGGAAUCAUUGUCUAAUGAAAUGCUGAAUUUUUCUGAAGAGAGAAACGCAUUAAAUACCAAACUGCAAGACCUUGAAGCUGCUCAUAAUAGUUCUGUAGGAGAGCUAAACAGAGUAUUGCAGGAACUUGAGGAUUGUAAGAAAGAACUGGAACAUAGUCAGGUUACGUUAAGCAGUAGAGAAGCUGUGUUUAAAGAUUUAGUGAAUGAAAAAGAGGAGAUGCAGUUUAAUCUUGAGAAAAUGGAAAAAGAUGCCAAAAUAAGUGAUCUGACUGAAAUUUUGUCUGCAAAAGCUUCUUAUUUAGAGAAACUUCAGGACAACAUUGCAGAACUAAAUGAUGCCAUUGCUGAAAAACAAAAUAUAUGUGAGCAGAACCUGAAAUCUUUAGAGGAAAAGGACUGCAAGCUUGCUCAUAUGCAAUCUAUGCUUGAUGAAAAGGCAAGUGCAUAUGAAGAGGAACGUUCUCAGCUGCUCUUAGCUCUUGAAAAGAUGAAGUCUGAAGUUAAGAAGAAGGAAGAACUGUUGAAAAAUUCCAGUUCAGAAGAGCCUGGUUUAAGUGCUGGCGAUGGAAAGAAGUGUCUGGACCCCAACAACGACAUUAAUAUUAUGAAUCAAUUAAAAAAAGAAAAAGAAGCCUUACAGAGGGAGCUUUUGGCAGUGCUGGGAGAAGCAGCAGCUGACCUAAGGAAUUUGGAAUCAGACAAACCAAGAGGCAAGGUUCAGGUUGCAUCCUUAAAAGAGUCAGAAAAUAUGAUCGCUUCAGUGGCGAGUAAAGACGCUGAGUUAAAAGAACUAAGAAGUAAUUAUGCAAAACUUCAAGAGGAAACAGAAAUGUUCAAGAAAGAGUUGAGAAAAAUAUCGGUUGAAUUUGGUGAUGGAAGAGAAGAAACAGUCAACUUAAACUCUUUGAGACAGCAGGAGCAGCACCAGGAGCAAUGUAAGGGCAGCUUGUUGGAGGACAUAAAGCAGCUACAGAAAAAGCUGAAAGGAUAUGAGGCUGAAGCUAUAGACAUUAAGACAGUGCUUGAACAUGUGAAUAAGGAGAAAGAAGCACUUCUUAAAAAAAGUGAAGAGGAUUACAAGAUGAGCGAGGAGAAACUGCAGAGGUUGAGACUUGAAGCUAAGAAGGAGGUUGCAGAAAAGAAUGAGGAAAUAGAAGGAUUGCGUUGUUCACUUAUGGAUUUCAAAGAUAAACUUGAUCAGGAAAAGGAAUUAUUAAACAAAGCUAUAAAGGAGGGCCAAGAAGAAGCCCACCAUUACAAAACAGCAUUUGAAGGAAUGAAGAGUGAAAAAGAGAAGCUUCUCAGUUGUGUAGAGAAGUCCAAUUUGGAACUAAUUAAUAUGAAAAAGGAGGCUGAGAUGAGUAGACCUGUGGUGUCAUGCAAAGAGCUUAAGGAAGAAAAUGAUACUGAAAAAGAAUUGGGAGAGUUUUGUUCAGAACAUAAUUUGCUGCAAGGAACAUUACAAGGUAAAGGCACCCGCUUUCAACUCUCGGAGACUGAUUACUCCAGGAGAACUAAACUGAGAGAAGCAACAGAAUGUCAAAGCCAGAAACAAAUGCAAAUGGUUGAAGAGCCGCUGGCAAAAACUGCAAAUGUAAAUGAUUCUAAACCACAAGAGCCAAGAACUAUAGCAGAAGAGAAUUCCAGGGAGCGUCUUCAAAGAAAAUUACAGGCGGCUUUAAUAUCACGUAAAGAAGCCCUGAGAGAAAAUAAAUGUCUCAAAGACCAGAUCGAUAAGCUGAUGUUGGAAAGAGAAGAACUGGUGAACAAGACAGGUAUGCUUGAACACUUGUUAGAGCUUGGUAGAGGAGAACAAAGUUCAAGUACAGUUUCUCCAUUGUCUGAAGAGGAGAGCCUUGUUUCUGAAAAUGCUAGACUGUUGACUGAAAACAAAAACCUCACCGCGGCAUGUGAAAGUCUUAAAUCCACCAUGGAGACUAUAGUUCAGGAAAAAGAGGCCUUUUCUUUCCAGCUAAAUACCUUAAAAGAUUCUCAGACAGUUGAAUUAACAGGAUGGAAGGCUAAACAUAGUGAAUUAAAGCAGGAGUAUGAAUCACUUCUUCAGGCGUAUGAGAAUAUCAGUAGUAAAAUAGCAGAUAUGAGGCAAGUUAUUGAUCUCAGUAGAAAAGAGAAGCAAGAGGCUAUUCAAAGACUCAGGGAAGGAGAAUCUGAGAAGGAGGCUCUUGAGAAGCAUUUACAAAAACUCAUUGAUGAAAAUGAGGUUAUUAAGAAUCAACUGAAACAACUUGGAGAAUCCAAGAAAAUGGAAGUUGACGAAUUACAAAGUAAAGCAGAAAGGCAGAUAUGUGAGCAAGAGGCAAGGAUGCAAGAACACCAGGAUCGUCUUCGUGAACUCACUGAACAGAAUCAUCAGCUAAUGGAGGAAAAUGAGCAGCUGAAACAAACUUCUGAAAAUUUAAAGCAGGCUUUAGAGAAAAUUCAGAACGAAAAUGAUAUUCUUCAUAAUAACAUCACUGUAACUAAAGCAGCUUUGGGAGAGCUGCAAGUUCAAAUGGAAGUGUACCAAAAUGAUAUGCAAUCUAAAAUCAAUGAUGCAUUAUGUGAGAACGAAUCAUUGCUAAAGGACAUUAAUGUGUUAAAGGAUAAACUCUCUGAAAAAGAACACGAUCUGGACACGGAAUGUAAAAGCCUUACACAAGAGAUUGUUAGUCUAAAUGAAAAAGUUAAGAUUUUGGAGGAUGAUAAAUGUCUGUUACAGGAAGAAUUAGAAAAUGUACAAGAAAGUUCUUACAAAGUAAAGAAUGAGAGAGAAUUUCUUGAGACAGAAUUGCUUAAUCAUGUUAAAAAAGUUGAUCAUCUUACUGACAGAGUGAAAUCAGCCCAGGUACAGAAUGCCUUGCUGUUACAGCAGCUGGAAGAAUUACAGGCAGAAAAAUCUAACGUGAUUAGAGAAAAAGAAGAACAGCAGUUACAUCUUGUAAAAAUGUUUGAGGAGAAAGUAAAAAGUGCUCAGAGGGAUAAUAAUGGAAGUAAAACCAAAACGAAAGAAUUGCAAGAACUCUUAAAGGAGAAACAGCAGGAGAUCAACCAUUUGCAAAAGGAUUCUAUAAAGUUCCAGGAGCUGAUCCUGGAUUUGGAAAGAUCUGUGAAACUGUCACAGUCAAAAAGUGAAAAAUUUGAAAAGGACUUAAGUAAUAUGUCAGAAAAGCUUGUGAAGUCACAUGAAGAAAUAUGUCAUCUCAAGGGAGAGCUUUCUUCACAGAUGAACUUGUUGGAUCAGUCAAAGAAUGAAGUGGACAGGCUUACAGAUGAGAAUCUAAAUUGGAGAAAAGAACUUAAGAAGAAAGAAGACGAACUACAAAUUCAAAAGAGAGAAUACAAGAGAGAAUUGGAAUUUAAUCUUCAACAAUUAAAAUUGGCUCACAAAAGAGAAUUUGUGAACCUAGAGGAAAGACACAGUGCUCUUGAGAGAGAAAAAGAUAGGGCCAUUAGUGAGAUUCGUGGUUUGCAAGAGGAAGUUGGCAUUAAGGACUCUCAAAACAAGAAACUUCAAGCAGAUUUGAAUGCAGCUUUGGCACGAUUAGCUGCUUUUACAAAGUGUAUGUCCUCUCUUCAGGAUGACCGGGACAGGGUAAUCACUGAAAUGAAAACCUGGGAAUUGCAGUUCAAAGAGGCCAUCCAGAAUAAAGAGAAGCAGAUAGAAGACAGUAAUAAAAGAAUAAUGUCUUUACAAGAUGAAUUGAAAGACAAAAUUACUCAGAUUCAAGAACUGAAUAUCAAAUAUUCCGCGGUAGAGGAAACAAAGGAUGAACUAUAUUUGAGGCAAAAAUCUGUUGAUGUGCAACGCUAUGAAGAGCUCUGCAGAAUAAAGGAAGAAAAUACAGUUUUUUUUAACAGGCAGCAAGAAUUGGAGAGUGUUCUUCAGUCCAAAGAAGAAGCUUUGCAAGCACUCCUUAAAGAAAAUAAUUCUCUUAAUCAUCUCAUAGAGAAUAGUAAAAGUGCAGGAAGAGAGAUAAAAGCUCUGGAAAGUAAUUUUACAAGACAGGAACAAGAAUUGCAACAGCUUCUAGCUGAGAAGGAAAAAAUUAAUGCUGAAUUGCAAAAGCAGAUUACCAUUUCUGAGCAAAUGAAGGUCAUGCUAAAUAAUAAAGACAAAGAAAUUUCCUUACUCAUUUCUUCAAAAGGUGAUGAAAUUUCUGACUAUCUGAUUCAGGUACAGACUCAACAUAGAAAACAAAUCAAAGAUUAUGAACUUCAGUUAAAGUCUUUGCAGAUAGAGAGACAACAAUCCAAGGAGUCCUGUCAGAGGAUGGAAAAUGAAUUGAAAAGUCUCCAGAUGAAAGCAGACAAAGCAGGUCAAGAUAAGGCUGCAAUUGCCAGUGAAAUAGAUGCCUUUAAAAAAUCAAUGUCGUCUCUUCAGAAUGAUCGGGAUGAUCUUUUUUCUAAAUACAAAGAGCUGGAACAUCUUCACCAAGAUGUCCUACAUCAGCGGGACAGUCUUAUAGUUGGCAAUGCAAGUGAGAAUAACGCUUUGAAACAAGAAUUAAGGAUACUUCUCAAUCAGAUAGAUGAUCUUCAUUCUGAAAAUGCAAUGCUAAGUGCACAGCUGAUAAAAUAUAGGGAAGAUCUUAACCAAGUUUUAUCGCUGAAAGACCAUCAGCUGAAAGACUUACUUAAGCAGAAAUUGGAUUGUAUUAAAAGCCUUGAACAAGAAAAAUAUGAUCUUCAAAAACAAAUAAAAGAAAUGCAACUUUCCAAUGAACUGCAGAAGGAUACUGCUGUAUCUUUGGAACAUGAAAAUAAAAAAUUAGUGUCUAAAGUAAGUGAUUUAGAAUCUCUAAUUGCAUCAUUAAACAAAGAGAAACUUGUUUCUGAAUCUGGAGAGAAGCUGCUAACUAGUGAUAGCGUUCAGAAAAAAGAAUUUGUAUCAAAUGGACAGUAUGGAGAAAAUCUUCAGAAGAAGAUGCAAGAACUCCAGAAAUCAAGAGGCAGAAAUACUAAGGAUGCAGAUGAGGAAUACACUGAGGCUCUUUCGACACUUGAACGUGGAGAUGAACCUGAUGCUUUUGCAGAGAAGAUGGUAUUAGAAGUUCAGUCUCAAAAUAGUGAGCUGAGGUCCCAAAAUGAGGCCUUUGGGAAAGCAAUGACUGCUCUGCAAAAUGAUAGAGAUAGGAUAAUAGAGGACUUCAAGGUACUUCAGAGCAAAUACACAUCUGAACUCAGGACUGAAAAAAAGAAAGGAGAUGAACUUGAAGCUGAAUUGGGUGGCUUUAAAUUGCAUCUUAUCAGUAUGCUCAAAGAAAAUUCUCUUCUGAACCGGGCUGGUUUUGAUGCUGCGAAUAAGGUUACACUUGAUCAGAUUGCUGAUGAAAUUGAAAAUCUCUGUAGGACGUUAGUCAGUCGAGAGAUGGAGGUUAGCAGGCUCUCAUCUGAGUGUGGGAGUUAUGUUCACCAGAUUGAAGCGUUUUCCAAGGCUAUGGCCAGUCUUCAGGAUGACCGAGACAAAUUGCUGCAGGAACUCAGCAAUCAGAAGGUAACUUCUGAAACAAAACAGGGCACAGCUUCAUUUCCCAUUAGCUGCAACAGCAUCAAUGAGACAAAUUCUUUUAAAAGUAAUUUGGAUACACCUCAGAACAAUAGGGGAAGAUUGGCUAAAGAAGGAGCCAGUCUUGCAGCUGUUGAAAUAUCAAAACUGAAGACCAAGGUUGAUGACUUGGAGAAGGCAUUGCAUCAGACAAAAGCCUUCCAAGCAGAAACUGAGAGAGAGAUUGCAUCAUACCAGAAUGAGCUUGCUGGAUUAAGAAUGGAAAACAACCUCCUCCUCUCAGAGUCCCAGGCACUGCGAAAUCAAUGUCAAAUCACAGUUGCUGAGAAAGACCGACAGAUCGCAGAGCUACAGAAGCUGCAACAAGACAUGAUUGUUAAGAAAUCGGUCUCCGCUGGCAGCAAUUAUCCAGUCAAGGUAAACAAAUGA